UCCUGGAGCUGGGCGGCGUGGAGUCGGAGAACACGGGCACCAUCAACAAAAAGGAUAUCAUCAACUCGGAUAAGAAAAAAUCCAAGAAAUCUUCAGAGACUUUGACAUUUAAGAGGCCGGAAGGAAUGCACCGAGAAGUUUAUGCACUCCUCUACUCUGAUAAAAAGGAUGCACCUCCGCUGCUGCCAAGUGAUACAACUCAGGGUUAUCGAACAGUCAAAGCAAAACUGGGGUCCAAGAAAGUCCGGCCUUGGAAGUGGAUGCCUUUCACCAACCCAGCAAGAAAAGAUGGAGCGAUGUUCUACCACUGGCGGAGAGCAGCAGAGGAAGGAAAGGACUAUCCUUUUGCCAGGUUUAAUAAAACAGUGCAGGUACCUGUCUACUCGGAGCAGGAGUACCAGAUGUAUCUCCAUGAUGAUGCAUGGACCAAAGCUGAGACAGACCACCUCUUUGACCUGGCUCGGCGUUUUGAUCUGCGCUUUGUGGUGAUUCAUGACCGCUACGAUCACCAGCAGUUCAAGAAAAGAUCAGUGGAGGAUCUGAAGGAACGAUAUUACCACAUCUGUGCCAAGCUGGCUAAUAUUCGUGCAGCUCCGGGCACAGACCUAAAAAUCCCAGUCUUCGAUGCUGGCCAUGAGAGGCGAAGGAAGGAACAACUGGAAAGGCUGUACAAUAGGACACCAGAGCAGGUGGCAGAAGAAGAAUACCUCAUCCAGGAGCUCCGCAAAAUUGAAACCAGGAAGAAAGAGAGAGAAAAGAGAACUCAAGACCUGCAGAAACUCAUCACAGCUGCUGACACCACCACUGAGCAGAGAUGUGCUGAGCGCAAGGCUCCUAAGAAGAAGCUGCCACAGAAAAAGGAGACAGAGAAACCUGCUGUUCCUGAGACUGCUGGCAUCAAGUUUCCUGACUUCAAAUCUGCAGGUGUCACGCUGCGAAGCCAGAGGAUGAAACUGCCAAGCUCGGUGGGACAGAAGAAGAUUAAAGCCCUGGAGCAGAUGUUGAUGGAACUCGGAGUAGAUCUCAACCCUAUGCCCACAGAAGAGAUCGUGCAGAUGUUCAACGAGCUGCGGAGUGACCUGGUGCUGCUGUAUGAGCUAAAGCAAGCCUUUGCCAACUGCGAAUAUGAGCUGCAGAUGUUACGGCACCGCUAUGAGGCCCUGGCCAAGGCUGGUAGUAUUGGCCCCCUCAGUGUGGAAGGCACCCAUCCAGAUGGCCAGGCAGGGCUCGGUCUCGACGAGGGCAAGGGAGAUGCCAAGGACCAGAUCAUUGAUGUAGUAGGAGCACCACUGACCCCCAACUCGGUGAGAAGGAAGGUUGGGGGGGCAGAACAGGGAGCACUCAGGUCUCCAACGCAGAUGCCCUGACAAGCGCUGGGGAUGCUGCCCUGCUCUCCCUCCAGGCGUGCACGUCCAAGGGAGCACAGCACGCCUGUUCCCCCCAAGUCCCAGUGCUGCUCUCUGGGCUUGUCUCCUGUGCUGGACAGUGUUCUUGGUGCUAUAGGUGGGGUCAGCAGGGCUUUCUACAUCCUGCAUGCAGGCAGAUGGCUUGAGGCGAGUGCCACCAUGGACCAAAGCAGCAAGGCUUUGGGUGACUGGAGCUUGCUCUAGGGCAGCAACAGUGAUGCCAGUACAGCUGCAAGUCCUGAGGCAUUUUCCUUCUAGACACAGCCCUGUAAGGGUUGCUCAGCAGAGGGAAGCAAGUGGGGAAAGCAAUCUUGAGAUGAUGAGCCAUGACCUGCCCAAGUCCCUGGAGUCAAGCAGUAUCCUGCCUGGAGCAGGAGGCUUGGGAAGGAGAGAGGUGUUUGAAGAGAAAAGGGGUGGUUUUAUACCCUACUUCCAGUGCUGAGAAAGGAAAGCCAGACCUAGGGGUUCUUCCACUGCGAGCCCUGUGACAAUGUUCUGUGCAUGUACCUCUGCGGGAUGUGAAUCGCCAACCUCUCCUCCCUGCCCCUGUGAAGGCAGGCUGCCCAGCCCCUCACCGCUGCCUCAGGGCCAAGGGUGUGCCUGGGGAUCAGCUGAGGUUGCUUUCCCCUCUGUGCAGUCCCCUGGCACAGCUGAGCUGAGCUGAACUGCCUGGUAAAAGCUGCCUGUCUCCACACAGUGGCAUCCCCGACGCCUCAGACAUACUGCCCUGGUAGUGGCACAGACCUUUACUUUCUAAAAUGUAUAAUGUAUUGCAGGAUAUUGAGAACACCUUAUCUGUCAACGGCAGAGGCGACACGUUAAUCUGGACUUGAGUAAUGUCCUGUUUGAUUGUGACAAUAUGGAGUCGUAAGGAAGUGUUCCACUGAGACAGGUUCAUGUUUGCAAAAGGA